AGGAGGCGGAGGGAGUGGACGCUGUUUUGCCGUGCGGACCGGAUCCCUCGCCCACAGCGGCCGCGUCCACACAGACGCCAGGCACAGGACUGCAGCUCCACGGGCCGGACGAGUGGCGGUCCGAGCGCGGAAACGACCCCGGCUCGCGGCACACGCCAUCCCGCAGGUUUUGCGAGGCUGAAGUUGGCGAAUUUGGCGCAUUUGGGGCAUUCGGCUGCGGGGAAGAGGAAGAGGAAGAGGAAGAGGAAAUGGAGGCGGAGGGAAACAGCAUCCCCCUGGGCGACCGCUCGCAGUCGCAGUCCAACGACCGGCUGACGGAGAGCACGGUGUUCAGCCUGUCCCAGAGCGAGUCGCUCUGGACCACCGAGUCCUCCCGCAGCGCCUGGGAGAUCUACCAGUACCCCAUCCUCCUCCUGGCCACCGGGGGCGCCGUCUUCAUCUGCGGCUUUGUCCUCAGCGGCCUCUACUUCGCCAGGAUAUCCCGGAUGGCGACGAACAUCCUGGGCCCGGCGCUCCUGUCCAUCGGGCUGAUGGUGCUGGUGGUGGGGCUGGUGCUCGUUCCCAUUACCAGAGAGAACCUGAAACCGCCCAUCAAGCGCCAGGCCAGCUACUACAGGCCGCCGCAGUUUAACCUGUGACGCGCGCGCAGUCCUCCAUCCACAGGGGGCGCUGUUUGAUGCUCGCGGCUCGCGGCCCUGUUUCUCUAUGCCAAAUUAAAGGACCCAGCUCAUCACAGGCCAGAAGAACGCGACGGCGUGUUCAGGACGGGAACCUGCGGCGUAUUCGCCUUGGUCUGGUUGUUGUUUUUUUUUUUUUUUCGUCUCGCAGUUGUC